AUGGAUGGAUCAGUCGAACGCGUCCAUGGAACUCUUCGGAUGGAUCCGAGCAGCCUACAGAACGACCACGCAGGAAGCAUCGACGGGGCGUAUCUUACCAACCUAGAGGCCGAGUCCCGGGUCGAAGACGUAGCAGUCGCAGCGGAGAACCUCAUUCAGGUGCUCCAUACGAACUUGGAAGAAGUUUGCGCACGUCUCGAAAACCUACGCACGAGAACGACAGUCAGUCAACCGCAGGAAAACAUCCCGAUCGAAGAAGACUCGACUACAGAGACGACUCCUCUUACCAAUACUAACCAGCAAGCGCAGUUGUCAGUUCCUCAGCUUUCGCCGAGGGACACUCCACCUUACGGCACAGCAGAUUCCCACUCCGCCACCAUUGUUAACUCGCAGGUUCCGCAUCAGUCGACGGUCCAGCUGGGGAAGCUCACUCUUGAGCCCUUCUCCGGAGACAUCACGCAGUUCCAGAGAUUCUGGCGUGCCUUCGAGGUAGCAAUUCACGACGACGUUACCAUAAGUACGACGUACAAGUUCCUCUACUUGCAAAGCCUCCUCAAAGGCGAAGCGCAGAUUGUGUUGCAAGAUCUGGACCCGACGAGUGCAACUACUACG